AUGGCUCGCUCUCUCCGCGCUCCGACUGCUCCAUACAGCGAGCCCCUUCUUCCCCAGCUCGACGUCCGCAAUCCAUACUACACCGACUUGCAUCAUAACCUGCGUGCUUGGGUGCGCGAGUACGUCGAGGCAGAAAUCGCUCCCUUUGCGCAUGAAUGGGAGGCUGCUGGCCAGGUCCCUGAGGCCGUAAGAAAGCGCUAUUGCGAACUGGGCUUUGCUAUCGUCCAUCCCCUUACCAUGCCCGAGAAUGCGGCUGGUUUGAACUUGCCUGGGAACGUGCCGCCUGAGAAAUGGGACACCUGGUGCUCACUUAUUGUUGGCGAUGAGCUGACGAGGGUCGGAUAUGUCGGUGUGGUCUGGGGACUUGGCGGCGGGAAUGGCAUUGGCUGUCCCCCUAUUGCGAAGUUUGGUACUCCAGAACAACAGAGGCGAUGGUUGCCUGCUGUCGCGAAGGGCGAUGUACGGUUUUGCCUGGGGAUUACGGAGCCGGAUGCUGGAUCUGAUGUUGCAAAUAUUCGUACGACUGCCAAGCGUGAUGGAAAUCAUUACGUUGUCAACGGUGCAAAAAAGUGGAUCACCAAUGGACUUUGGGCAGACUAUUGCACGGCGGCCGUUCGGACUGGCGGUCCUGGUAGAACUGGUAUUAGUCUACUGGUGAUUCCUCUCGCUGCUGAGGGGGUCACUCGCCGGCGCAUGUUCAACUCUGGCGUGAAUGCCAGCGGAUCUACUUUUAUCGAAUUAGACGAUGUUCGUGUCCCGGUCGAAAAUCGCAUCGGAGAAGAGAACAAAGGCUUCCCCUUGAUCAUGUCCAACUUUAACCCGGAGCGGCUGUCCCUGGCCUGCGCGUCUUUGCGGUUGGCACGGGUCUGUGCCGAAGACGCAUUCAACUAUGCCAUUCAACGCGAGACAUUCGGCUCACCACUCAUUGAAAAGCAGGCGAUUCAGUCUAAAAUUUUCAAGUUUGGAUUAAUGAUCGAGCCCGCAUACGCAUUUAUGGAACAGCUCGUCCACAUUCUUGAACUGACUAAAGAUCGACCCGUGGAUGAUGUCCGGAUUGGCGGCAUGACUGCUUUGUUGAAGGUUAUGUCAACAAGAGCCUUAGAAAAGAGUGUUCGAGAAGCGCAGCAGAUUUUGGGAGGUGCUGGUUAUAACAAAGCUGGCAAAGGCGCUCGGGUCGAGCAAAUCAGCCGUGAUGCUCGUGUCCAUGUUGUCGGCGGCGGUAGCGAAGAGAUAAUGACGGGGUUGGCGCUUCGUGAGGAGACCAAAGCUUUGUAUUCGAGACGCAGGGCACUUGAAAAGCGGCAGGCAAAGGUCUGA